UAUAUAUGCAGAUUUUGAGACUCAAGAAAAAAACAAUUAAAAUUUAGUGUGGUUUUCUCCUCUCAUGAACAUUUCCAGAAUCUGAGCUCUCUCUCUUCUAAUGGAAGAAGCAGCAUACCCAAACAAAGUUAUUCAACAGCUUUUCCUCUAUUUUUCAUCAAGUUAGAUUGUUCUUUAAAAAAACAAACUCGAACCAAUGGAUAAAAAAGGCAUUGUGCUGAUGAAAAGGUACGAAUUAGGCCGUCUUCUAGGGAAGGGAACAUUCGCGAAAGUGUAUCACGCACGCAACCUAAAAACGGGUGAAAGCGUAGCGAUCAAGGUAAUCGAUAAGGAGAAAGUCACAAAAGUUGGAUUGAUCGAUCAAAUCAAACGAGAAAUCUCGGUGAUGCGUCUCGUUCGUCACCCAAACGUCGUGUUCCUCCAUGAAGUCAUGGCGAGCAAAACAAAGAUCUAUUUUGUGAUGGAGUACGUUAAAGGCGGUGAGCUUUUCAACAAAGUCUCUAAAGGAAAGCUUAAAGAAGACAUUGCUAGAAAAUAUUUCCAGCAACUGAUUGGAGCAAUCGAUUAUUGCCAUAGUCGUGGAGUUUACCACCGUGAUCUCAAGCCAGAGAAUCUGCUUCUAGACGAAAAUGGCGAUUUGAAGAUAUCUGAUUUUGGGCUCAGCGCAUUGAGAGAGUCGAGGAAACAAGAUGGCUUGCUUCACACGACAUGUGGAACACCUGCUUACGUGGCGCCUGAAGUGAUCUGCAAGAAAGGUUAUGAUGGAGACAAAGCUGAUGUUUGGUCUUGUGGAGUUGUGUUGUAUGUGUUGUUGGCUGGUUUUCUUCCGUUUCAUCAACAGAAUCUUGUCGAAAUGUAUCGGAAGAUCAAGAAUGGGGAAUUCAAAUGUCCAAACUGGUUUCCACCUGAGGUCAAGAAGCUAUUAUCUCGAAUUCUUGAUCCUAACCCUAAUUCAAGAAUCAAGAUUAACAAAAUCAUGGAGAAUUCUUGGUUUCAAAAGGGUUUCAAGAAGAUAGAAACUCCUAAUUCGCCUGAUAGUUAUCAGAUCGAAUCGCUAAUCAGUGACGUGCAUGCAGCAUUUGCGGUACAGCCGAUGUGUUACAAUGCAUUUGACCUAAUCUCCUCUUUAUCUCAAGGAUUUGAUCUCUCGGGAUUGUUUGAGAAAGAAGAGAGAUCAGAAUCGAUGUUUACGACAAAGAAGGAAGCGAAGGAGAUAGUGUCGAAAUUCGAAGAGAUUGCUAUGAAUAGUGAGAGGUUUGAUUUGAAGAAGAGUAAUGUAGGAGUGAAGAUGGAGGAUAGAAGAGAAGGAAGAAAAGGACAACUCGCAAUUGAUGUUGAGAUAUUUGAAGUGACAAAGAGUUUUCAUAUGGUUGAGUUUAAGAAAAGUAAAGGUGAUACAAUGGAGUAUAAACAGUUUUGCGAUGGUGAGCUUAAGCCUUCGUUGAAAGAUAUUGUUUGGAAAUGGCAAGGAAACAACAAAAAUACCAAUGAGAGUGUUGCAUAAUGUGAUAAAAUGUGUUUUUCCUAUUUGACUUCCUUUAAUUCGAGUUUUUUUGAUAUUUGUGUGUACUAUCUUUGAGAUCUAUGUAAUGGAUUCGCUGCAGUUAUCAUCACAUAUCUAGAUUUUUUGUUUGUUCCA